AUGCUGUCUGAAGACGACGUUCCGGACGACUUAUUAGCUACGGUGCGGCAGGAGCACGACACGCGUGCGGCGAACGCGGAAGGAGCGAACCCAAUGGCGCCGAAGACAUUUUCUUUGAUGCUGACGAUGAAGGCGAUGGUUCUGGCGACAUUAUUCCCCUGCAGUUCACCGGAGUGCACCAUCAUGACGGACACGAGCUUUCGGCGGAAGACAAGUUGCUUGCCAGCCUCGACGUAG